GAAAUCACUCUAAACAUUGAUUUAAUGCUCCAGAAAACAGUUGUGCUGCAUAGACUAAUAUUAAUUGUACAUGUAGCAGAUACUUUUGACCAAGGUGACUUAAAUAAGUUAAUUUUUUGCAGGAGUAGUCACACAUUUAAUUGAUCAAAACCUUUCAGCAAAAUUGUCCAACAACUCCCACUCUUGUCUUAGGACAAUUUUAAUACAAAAUACAGUUGAAAACAAAAUUAUUUAGCCUCUUGUGAUUUUUAUAUAUAUUUUUUGAAAUAGUUCCCAAAUUAUUUUUAACAGAGCAAGAAAUUCCCGUUUUAUUCUUCUAAAAUUAAAUUAAACAAAGUAAAUCAAAUUGAACAAUCUAUUAGCAUGGUUACAAAGCAGAAUUUGUUCAAGAAAAUUACUGAACUUAACAACCAUAACUUUUGAGGGCCCCAUCACACAGGGCUCCGCCACAAUGCGCACUCAUCCACUGGUUGUUGCUAGAAGAAGUUGCUGCCAAAAGUGAACAAGAAUUAUUUAUGUUAUUUAAUAAACUACCCAUUUAAUUGUAUUUUAUUAAUGCUUACCCCAACGCUCACACUAAUGUAAAAAUGUUAAUCAUUGUACAGUGUCACAAAAAUGAUGUGAUGAUGAUUCAUGUGAUCCCGUUUCUCCUCCUAGACCUCUGAGCUUUCAGACACUGGGUGGCGCCAUCUUCCUGGUCUUUACUGCUCAUCUUUAAACCUCCCUAGAAAAACAGGUUCCUUUCAAUCAGUAGAUUUUGUUUAAUAAAUUGACGAUUUAAUAUUGAAUAAUUUGCAUGUUUAAAGAAUAUGAACCGGCUUUACAAAUAAAGUAUAAAAUUGCACACGAUGGGGAUAUAUUUGACUAUUUUGGAACUAAUUUAUCACUAGUAAAAUACUGCUUUUCAACUGGCCUAUACUUUUUUUAGCAACAAAUAUUGCAAGUUUAUUGUAUUUCUGUUUAAUGCAUUUUUUUACAUAAAGAUCUAAAUUAAUCGGAAUUAAUCUGACGAGGAUAUAAUAGGCUCAUUUAGUGUAAACAUGUUGUAGCCAAUUUGUGCAUUACAAAUUCUGCAUUACAUUACAUUACAAUGCAUCGCAAUACAAGAUGUGAAAUACAAACUCUGAAAUGUUCCUGAACAUGUUUUGCACGAUUUGCGUUCUCUAAAAACACUUUGCAUUUAAUUUAAGUCUUUAAAUUAAACAAUCUGGCAGUUGUCGCGUUUUAAUAACCCAAAUAACUCAUUGGGUUGUGUUAAUUUUAAAGUUUCUUCAUGUAACCUAUAGGCAACUUUAGUUGUAUAUUUGAGUGUAAACUUAUUUUAUCAGACAAAUGUCGCCAUUUAUCAUAGACCAUUUUAACACAUUUAAGGUUUGCCUUCAGAUAAUGUGUCAAAAGAAGUUACAACACUUUCCGGUGUUGUUUGCUCAAUACAGCUACUUCCCACUUUACCAGUUUAAAGGAUAAACACAAGUUUGAAAUCAUCAUACAAACGUUUUCAAAUGCACGCAACACUUUAGGAUAAUCCUCUGGCUCCGUUUACCAAAACACCUGCUGCCACAUAACAUUAGCAGCAGACACACACACACACACACACACACACACACACACACACACCUGCCACUUGAUAAGCAGCAGACAACGCGCCGAAACGAGCACUCCUCCAACACGCCCUCUUGUUCUGCUUCUAGAGAGGGAAGUAAACGUGAGCUCGUCUUUUUCUUCCAUCACUAGACCGACUUUUAUGAUAAGUAACGCAGGGGAUUCUGACCGAAACAGGACCACAAACAGAACUCAGAUGAACACCCAAGGCUUUGGAGAAACAUUUACCGACGUCUAUCCAAAUGUACCGUCUGCUCCAACCGGGCGCGCUUUUUCACAGAAAGUUUUGGUUCUACUGUACGAGCGGGGACUGAAGCAGCGGUAGGAUGUCAAAUAAUACCACAAAUGACAGCUCGUAUCCCCACAUACGCGUUUGGGCGUCGGGGGUUUCUCUGGUCAUCUUGGCUCUUUUCAACCUGGUCAUCAACUGGACCAUCGUGCGGGAGCAGAGGCUGCGGAGCCACGCGCGCUUCGUCCUCGUUUUUCACCUGCUGUUCUCCGCGCUGGUUUACUUUGCGCUCUGCUUCAGCUUCUACUUACAAAACUAUCUGAAUGCGGCCACCACGGCCACCACAUGCACGGUGCUAAUAAGAGGACUGAUGACCAGCGGUUCCAACAUCAUCCUCACCAUCACGGCGAUGGCGCUGGACCGUUAUUUCGCCAUCUGCUACCCGAUGCACUAUGGUAAAGUGUUCUUCAAGCCGUGGCCCUGGUUCAUCGGGAUCCUGACAUGGGGACUCGCGUCUGUCAUUCCUCUCACUGUGACCCCCAGGAACGCCACGGGAACCUGCGGAAGGAAAGAUUUGCAGGGUGGGGAAACACACAAAAUCCUUUUGAUAUCGAUUUGCACUGCUCUCAUCGUGUGCAGCUAUGUGCGGAUCUUAUAUGAGGGGCGACGGCUGGGUGUGUUUAACCGGCGCAACCGAGCUGCGUGUCGGACUAUCGCUCUCCACGGAACGCAACUCGCCGUUUACAUCCUCCCAAACUUUAUACUGUUUUUCCUGCAUAUUCUCAAGAAUAAGGAUUUGUUCACAUCUGACACCAAAGAGCUUUUUGCUGUCAUAAGCUUUGUGUUCUUCAGUCUGGCGCAGUGUUUCGCGCCGAUAGUGUACGGACUGCGUAAAGAGGAACUACUGGAGCAUCUCAGUCAUCGGUUCCCGUGUUUAUCUGGCCGGUUAAAACUCAUCUUGGAGUGGACUGUCAACAUCGCCCAUCCCAAACGAUGUCGCCAACAACGAGAGCGGAGGAUGACUUCAGAGACUUUACUAUCUCGAGAGAUCUCUCAAACCACUGUUUGACCACAUUUGGAUUAAGAAACAAGCCCGCUGUUGGUUUCUUCAAACGAAAUAUGCACAAAACAAGCCUGAAACUAAUACUGAAUCAAGGUUUUCACAAUGCAACCUUUUUUAAAUCAUCUGCGAAAUUCAGGAAACACAAUUUUCCACUGUUGACUUACAAAACUUCAAGACACAAAUUCAUCAAGUUAGGAUACAAUACCGCAACCAUGUGUUCAGGAGUCACUCUUGCCAAAAGUGUGAUUUUCAAGGCAGCAACAUUAACUGUAAAUAGUACUAAUGACUUACUCAUGUGAUGCGUCAUGUGAACAAGGGGAAGCUAUGUGAAGAUGCCUGGUUGUAAACGCUCAUAUUUGUAAAAGCGCUACAGACGUCAUCUCUGGUAUUGUUUGAUUUAGCCCAAACAGUAUUUUGCAGUCAUUAACAUAAAUAAGCUAAAGACCCAAGUAAGACUUGGAUUUGUACAACUGUGAAGCAAGAUUGUCAUGUACAGUAUGUGUUGUGAAACUGUAAGAUUUGUAGAAUUAGAUAUAUUAUUUCUGACACUGCCACAUCCUGAGUUGACAAGACACCCUGUUUAAUAAGGUCAUUAACGUUCAUCAACAGUUUCCUGUAAACGCUCUCUUUACAAUAUAUGUUCACUUCCUUCAGAAGCCAGUACACUUGGUGAAAGGACCUACUGUAAUGCAUGAUGGUUUUAAAGCACUGGAACAAAGGGCACAUAUUUAUAAUAACGCCUUUUCCUUGUAUGAUACAACUGUGAUAUUAACAGAUAUUCUCUGUAUACCUGCUUAAUGCCUUUCGAGAGAUGCUGCAGUAGCAGAAGAACAACAAAUAUACAUUUAAGAGAAACUGUUUAACGUAAAACGUGUAAGAGCAGAACCAACGGUUUGUGUCAUUGUCUGGUUUAGCAAACAAUGGUGCAAUAAGCAUUUUAUCUGCACUUCUCUAUUUGUACUGCGUGUGGUCUUGGAUUUCAUGCUUUUGUACACUUGUAAUAAAAACCUUUUGUAUUUAUGCAAAAUAAUAAUGGGUUUAAGUUACUUACUCACAUUAAAAAAUGACACUGAAUAACAGGAGUAGGUUUAGGGUUCUUGCAUGCACUGGGCUAUACGCACAGCUAGAGUUUUUCAGCCAAUGAAAGCUUAAUGUGACUAUUUUCAGUUUCAUAAGGCUCCUUUUACAGCAUCAAUGUUGUAAUGUAAUUUAAGUACAUUCAGCUAAAUAGACUUAAGCAUUCAUUUAAUUGUUGAAGCUUAAAACGAGAUGAAAGAUGCCAGGAUCAGCAGGCAAGCGGACAAACUCCAUUGAAAAUACUGGGGUAAAAUAAACUGUUAUGUUUUAAAUACAUUUAAAACGAAUUUAAUGAAGUGCUUCUUGUCUGGUCUGAGACCCACUUUAUAUCGUAUAUCUAUCAGGCAGUGAAGAUCACUGAUUUUUGAAGAGGUCAGACCUUAAACAUGAAGAUUUUAUAAUGGAAAGACAGUUCACCGAAUGCACUGAGGCUGACUGGCUGAAAUUAAAAGUCAGUGUGCAUAUAGCCCAUUAUACACAUUACAACUAUUAUUAUAGUAAGUGCAUGCAACAAGGACACUGUAAAAAUAGUUACCAAAAGACUUUAAGUAACCGAGACAAACAUGUGUUCAUAAUCUGAAACUCGACUGAACAGAACACUUCUGAGUAACUGCGGAUCUGACAUUCCUCAUUAUGACCAUGGGAAAACUAGUUUCAGUAUGUGAAACCACUAAUAAAUAUGUUGACCAACAAGGUCAAAUUGAAAACAUUUGGAAAGUCACUGGACUGACUUUCAUUGAAAGGUUUCAUGUAUUAGAAGAAGAUUCUUGUAUUUUAUUUCAUAUAUAGUUUUAAUAUUUCUUAAAUGUUUGAAAAGUUUGUAAUCAGAUAAGAGAGAAAAAAACACUUUCACAAACUUUUUGAGAUCAUCUAUAAAAGCUUGUCGGUUUGUUUGUUAUUUUACAUGCAAGACGUUUUUGCUGGGAAAAUCAAAAGGAUGGGAUGUUUACACACACUCCCAAGAGAACAGCAGACGAUAUUAAUGCUCAGGAUAAUGUAGAAAGUGCUGUUCUGUACUUUAACAUCAGCGUGUCAUGCAAAGAGAAGGGAUUUAACUCAAACUAUAGUCUCACAUAGAUCUAUACAAGUCUCAGAUAUAUUACAGAAAAUACAAUGCUGUCUAAUAGUCUGUUGACACGAUGUCGGCUAAACAUAUCCACACCCACACUUAGGGCAUUUUCUGAUGCUUUUGUUUUUAUUUCAGAAUUAAAUAAAGCCAAGUUUUAUUCUUAGUUUGCAAGUGACUCCUCGCUCUUUUCCCUCACAAGCCUGACAAUAUCGCAAUGACUAUAUGCUUUCUUCACAGCUGUUUUCCCACUUCUGUUAUUGUUUUCAUUCAUUAUGUUAUUGAGAGCAAAGAGUGCAGCAAAUAUUUACAUAUUAAUCUAAACUCUGCUCUCAGCAGCGUGGAUUCUGUCUGAGUGCUCAGUAUAUCACAAAAAAGGCAUUACUAACUUCUUUUCACUUCUAAUCAAGGAAGAAAGAGCUUUGCGCUCAAGUCACAUUCAGUUUCUUGUGCAUUUUCUACAUGCACAAGCUGUAAGUUGCUAGCUGCAGUUCACUUAAUGGCCACUGGUGUCGCUAAAAACAA